UUAACAAGUCUGGUGGUCGAAACCACCAUUCGAGUGAGCCGAGUCUGCUCGGGAAAGCUAAAUGAUAUACAACCUUAAUCUUGUCUAUCCUGUGGCCGUUAGGUUCCCGCUCGUUUUCUCCCUUUUCUCUGAUAGUCUAUCAAAACAAAGAGUUCUCGAAUCUUGUUUGGGCUUCAAACCCUAACUAUGCAAAGCACAGGGGUUCUCACCUUUCCAACAAUCCCCUCUUCUCUAUGCGUUAAGCAUCAUCAAUCUUCCAAAUCUCGCACUUACAAGGUACGUUAUAGAACUACUACAGUAAUUUCAUCAUCAUCUUCUCCGUCGUCAUCUUCUACUACCAAUACUACUACUACUAAUGAAGAACAGAAUCAAAGAAAAUUUAUUUAUAGUAGAGCUUCACCAUCAACAAGAUGGCCUCACUUAAACCUCACAGAUGAAAACCCUAAAAAAAUAUUUCAAAAUACCCAAAGCCAAUCUAUAACGUUACCUCCUUCAAAUCAAGAAUCGAUUGAAGAUAACGAUGAUUUAGAGAAAGAAUCACAAACACAGGCAGUGAAUUUGUUGGAUAUGAAUGAUGAAUCACUUGAAGCAUUAGGAAGACCUAGCAGAACUAGGGCAAAAAAAAUGACAAAGUUAGCUCUUAAAAGGGCAAAAGAUUGGAGACAAAGGGUGCAGAUUUUAACGGAUAAGAUUCUUCGGUUACAACCUGAUGAAUUUGUUGCGGAUGUACUGGAUGAUAGGAUUGUUCAAAUGUCUCCUACUGAUUAUUGCUUCGUUGUGAAAUGGGUAGGGCAGGUAAGUUGGAAUCGAGCUUUGGAGAUUUAUGAAUGGUUGAGUCUUCGCCAUUGGUAUUCUCCAAAUGCUCGAAUGCUUGCCACUAUGUUAUCUGUUCUUGGAAAGGCGAAUCAAGAGAGUUUAGCUGUAGAAUUAUUUACCAGGGCAGAGUCUGGAGUUGGAAAUACUAUUCAAGUUUAUAAUGCAAUGAUGGGUGUUUACUCGCGUAAAGGUCAGUUCUCUAAGGUCCAAGAACUGCUAAAAUUAAUGAAGGAACGGGGUUGCGAGCCGGAUCUUGUGAGUUUCAACACUCUGAUAAAUGCCCGGGCAAAGUCGGGUUCUAUGUUGCCUGGAUCAGCAAUUGAACUUCUUAAUGAGGUUAGGAGAUCAGGUCUACGGCCAGAUAUAAUUACUUAUAACACUUUGAUCAGUGCUUGUUCUCGUGGGUCAAAUUUAGAAGAGGCAGUGAAAAUUUACAAUGAUUUGGAGGCUUCGUACUGCCAACCUGAUCUUUGGACUUAUAACGCGAUGAUCUCAGUUUAUGGCCGAUUUGAAAUGGCUAGAGAGGCAGAGCAGCUGUUUAAGGAACUUGAGUCAAAAGGUUUUUUUGCGGAUGCUGUUACUUAUAAUUCUUUUGUAUACGCGUUUGCUAGAGAGGGGAAUGUUGGAAAAGUGAGAGAGAUUUGUGAACAGAUGGUAGAAGCAGGGUUUGCUAAAGAUGAGAUGACAUAUAACACCAUUAUCCACAUGUAUGGAAAGUGGGGCCAGCAUGACUUGGCAUAUCAGACAUACAAGGAUAUGAAAUUAUCAAGAUGUAAUCCCGAUGCAGUUACUUACACUGUGCUGAUUGAUUCACUUGGUAAAGCAAAUAGGGUUUCAGAGGCAGCGGAUGUGAUGUCCGAGAUGUUACAUACAGGAGUUAAACCAACUUUGCGGACUUUUAGCGCUUUAAUUUGUGGGUACGCCAAGGCUGGUAUGCGGGUUGAGGCUGGAGAGACAUUUGGUUGUAUGGUUAGGUCUGGAAUUAAACCUGACCAUCUGGCAUACUCUGUCAUGAUGGAUGUUUUGUUUAGGUUUAGUGAGACGAAGAAGGGUAUGGAAUUGUAUGAGCAGAUGGUCCGUGAUGGAUCAAAGCCAGAUCAAGGCCUCUAUGAGGUCAUGAUCCAAGCUCUAAUGAAGGAGAACAACGAAGACGAGGUUGAGAGGGUGGUGAGAGACAUGGAAGAGGUAUGUGGAAUGAGCCCAGAGAUUAUUUCUUCUCUUCUUAUAAAAGGGGAAUGUCAUGAAUAUGCUGCUAAAAUGUUGAGAUUGGCUGUUAGUCAGGGAUAUGAACCAGAUAGUGAGACAUUGUUAUCUGUUUUGGUUUCUUCUUGCUCCUCAGGCAGGAGUCAAGAAGCUCAUGCGUUACUUGAUACUCUAAAGGGUUUUGCUCCCAGAUUUGAUCAUGUGAUAACUGAAGCUUCAAUUCUAAUACUCUGCAAGGAUAACCAAUUGGAUGCGGCACUGGAAGAAUACAACAAAACAAGGUUUGGUGUGUUUAAUGGGGUUUGUUCUGUUUACGAAUCUCUAAUUCAGUCCUGUGUAGGUUCAGAAUCCUUUGCCCAGGGUUCACAGAUAUAUAGCGACAUGAAAUACUAUGGUGUGGAACCUUCGCAAAAUCUUUAUCGGAGUUUAGUGCAUACGUACUGUAAGUUGGGCUUCCCUGAAACAGCUCACCAUUUAGUUGAUCAGGCUGAAAGUCUUGGGAUUGUAUUUGAUGAACUCUCCGUGUAUGUUGAAUUGAUUGAGACAUAUGGAGAGUUGAAUUUAUGCCCAAGGGCAGAAAGCUUGGUAGGAAGACUUAGACUGAACAAGUCCAGCGUUGAUCGGAAAAUCUGGAAUGCACUUAUACAUGCUUAUGCUACUAAUGGUCUCUAUGAGCAAGCUAGGGCUGUGUUUAGUACGAUGAUGAGAGAUGGUCCUUCUCCUACAUUAGAAACUAUUAACGGUCUCAUGCAAGCUUUGAUCGUAGAUGGGAGGUUAGACGAGCUCUAUGUGGUCAUCCAAGAGUUGCAAGAUAUGGGUUUUAAGAUAUCUAAAAGUUCCAUUCUUAUGAUGCUUGAUGCCUUCGCAAGAGCAGGAAAUAUAUUUGAGGUAAAAAAGAUAUACAGUGGAAUGAAGGCAGCUGGAUAUUUACCAACCAUGCAUCUUUAUAGGAGUAUGAUAGGGUUGUUGUCUCGAGGAAAACAAGUUAGGGAUGUUGAGGUGAUGGUCAUGGAGAUGGAAGAAGCUGGAUUCAAGGCUGAUCUUUCAAUCCUCAACUCCCUGCUUAGAAUGUAUACCGCGAUCGGGGACUUCAAGAAGGCAAGUAAAGUAUACCAAACUAUUCAGGAAGCAGGAUUUAAACCUGACGAGGAUACUUACAAUACAUUAAUAUUGAUGUACUCGAGAGAUCUUCGACCAGGAGAAGGAUUAUCUCUGUUGGAAAAUAUGGAACGACAAGGAUUGAGUCCUAAGAUGGAUACCUAUAAAAGCCUAAUUUCAGCAUGUGGUAAGCAGCAACUAUGGGAACAAGCAGAAAAUCUUUUUGAACAGGUGCGAUCAAGAGGAUGCAAAUUGGAUCGGUCAAUGUAUCAUAUGAUGAUGAAGAUAUACAGGGAUUCUGCCAACCAUUUAAAGGCUGAAAGUUUACUAGUACAAAUGAAAGAGAAUGGUGUAGAACCUACCAUUGCCACUAUGCACUUGCUUAUGGUCUCAUAUAGCAGUGCAGGACAACCUAAGGAGGCUGAAAAUGUGCUUGAGAGUUUGAAAACUUUGAAUCUGGAUCUGAGCACAUUACCCUACAGUUCCGUUAUUGAUGCAUAUUUCAAGAAUGGGGACUAUAACUUGGGUAUUCAAAAGCUAUAUGAGAUGAAGAAGGAUGGUCUAGAACCAGAUAAUAGAAUAUGGACUUGCUUCAUCAGAGCUGCUAGUUUAUCUCAGCGAACAAGUGAAGCCAUGGUCAUCCUAAAUUCACUAGCUGAUACUGGGUUUGAUCUCCCAAUUAGGCUUCUAACAGGAAAACAGGAGACUUUAGUUGUGGAAAUGGACAAUCUACUCGAGCAGUUAGGUCCAUUGGAUGAUAAUGCUGCAUUUAACUUUGUGAAUGCAGUAGAGGAUCUGUUGUGGGCAUUUGAGCGUCGAGCCACCGCUUCAUGGGUUUUACAACUGGCAAUCAAAAAAAAAGUUUAUCGCCAUGACAUUUUCAGGGUUUCUGACAAGGACUGGGGAGCUGAUUUCCGAAAGCUAUCCCCUGGUGCUGCUCUAGUUGGUCUUACGUUAUGGCUGGACCACAUGCAGGAUGCAUCUUUACAAGGUUCCCCUGAAUCCCCGAAAUCAGUUGUUUUGAUAACAGGGACUGCGGAAUACAAUAUGGUUUCACUAAACAACACAUUGAAGGCAUACCUUUGGGAGAUUGGCUCCCCAUUCCUUCCUUGUAAAACUCGGAGUGGACUCCUUGUAGCAAAAGCCCAUUCCCUUCGAAUGUGGCUGAAGGACUCUCCAUUUUGCUUCGACCUUGAGUUGAAAGAUGCCCCAUCUCUCCCCGAGUCAAAUUCAAUGCAGCUUAAUGAGGGAUAUUUUAUGAGGACUGGCCUUGUUCCCGUUCUCAAGGAAAUAAAUGAACGAUUGGGGGAAGUUAGACCAAAGAAAUUUUCAAGGUUGGCGUUAUUGUCAGAGGAUAGGAGGGAAAAAGCUAUUCAAGCUGAUAUCGAUGGUAGAAGAGAAAAGCUAGAAAAGAUGAAAGCAAAAAGAGGUUUUGUGAGCCCAAGUAAGAAAUCCAGUUCCCCGAGGAAAGUCACUAGGGGAAAAGUGCCAAGCAAUGGUAAUAUUAGAUUAACUAAGAAGAGAGAGUAAAACUGCCACAUGAAGAUGGCUUAUCAAAUAGCUUGGGUCUUGGAGUUUUUACGAAGACUGGAGGAUGGCUUUAUUUCCAGUCGGUGUAAUAAAGAUAUAGCAAGGACAUCACAUCAUCUCUUGCAUUACCAACCAGAAUAUCAUCUGCCUCAUCAGUCACUAAAGCCAUUCUUUUUGCAGAGACUAAGGUGGAAUAUCACUGAGCUGGUUCAGAGCAUUGACGAAGCAAGCAUCACAGCAUAAAGAUCUUUGGUAUAUCGUUCAGAUUUGAGUUCUUAGCGCAAAAUUGAUGGAAUUUCACAAAUGUUUCUGAAGUAAGAGUCUGCAGUGCGCCUCCUCAUCUUAUAUGCAUAGUCUAUGGACGCAAAAUGGCUGUUAGGGUUUAUGUGUGUGCAGAUAAAUUUUUGAUGUGGGCGUUCUUUGAUGAGGGCAUGAGGGACAAAUCAGGAGUUGACAUGUGUUUUCCAUAUUAAUUGAUUUCAACUAAUUUUGCUUCCAAAAAUACAAGACAAGUUUAUUUUUUGAGAAAAUAUUGGUUAUCUUAAUUGCUUAUAUUUUAUCUUUGAUAUUUUUGGAAGCAAAAUUAGUUGGAAUCAAUUAAUAUGAAAAACACAUGUCAACUCCUGAUUUGUCCCUCAUGCCCCCAUCAAAGAACGCCCACAUCAAAAAUUUAUCCAAUACAGACUCAAUUGGCGAAGCAUUUUGUAGGUUCUUGCUUGCUGCUCACUCCAGGAUUUAUCACAAAAGAGGAUGGAGAUCCAUCUUCACCAACAUAUCAGCAUUCAACCUGUUGGCUUGCAGAACAAAUAAGUUAUAUUUGUCAGAGACAAGCAUUACAUUACUUCUCAUAGCUUCAAAUCUUUGGUAAAUUAUUAUGCAAACACAUGCCGAGUUGGAUCAUAGAAAUUGAAUGAGUGUAACACGUGUUUUGUCAAUUACCUUUAUUACGUCUGAAUUUUACCAGGUAUCCCCAUGCCAUAGAAUGCAGUGAAAGUGACUAUAUAAAGUAUAAAGCAUUCUACUUACACUUGGGUAAACAAUGUAAAUUACUGUAUACUACUUACACUUUGGUAAACAAUGUAAAUUACUGUGUACGGGUAAUCAAAUUUUGUAUUGAAUGGCUCAAUGGAAAAAAUGUAUUAUAGAUA